AUGCCACGAAUGAUGUCCAGACCCGUGCCCCAAGUCGUGAUGGUCCGCCAUCCACGGCGGAGUGGCGUAUUAGGGCUUGGUGCCGGUCUGCUCUUUCUGAGCUUUGUCAGCAAGUUCAGCGAGCGUGUCCAGAUUUACAAGGCCAAGAAUCUCAAAAUCAAGAACACAAAGCAGCAGCGGGUGGAAGGCCUCACAGAUCUGAUGCGCUUUAUUUUGGGGUCGACCUGUAGCCUGCGAGAGUUCCUCACCGUGGCCAAGCUGUCCUUGAUGCUGCUGCUCCGCACGGUUGGCUCCGUUUGGGUCUCCAAGCACUGGGGUAGCAUUGUCAACUCGGUGGUCUCUCAAGACUUCGUCCGAUUAGCCAGAUUGGUUUCGGAAUUUGCUGGGGCAACCGUCUUCCUUUCGUUCUUGAAUGCCCUCUUAAAGUAUUACAUCAGCGCACUGAGACUACAAGUUCGAGAAAAGAUCACCCAGUGGUGCCACGAGAAGUACAUGCGCCCCAAAGAGAUGAUCUUUUACAAGGCCAAUAAAGUCGGGCAGAAGAUUGACAACUGCGACCACCAGAUCACCUCAGACGUGGAGAGGUUUUCGGACGUCUUCGCGGAAGUGUUCUCGCAAUCGCUGAAGCCCAUCGUGGACUUUUUGGUGUACUCCGUGGAGCUGAGCCGGGUCCAGGGCCUCACAACACCGCUGACGCUAUACUCGUGGUUCGCGCUUGCUUCGUGCGUGUCAGCAGUGACAUUGCCACCGUUUGGCGAGCUGGCAGCCGGGGAGCAAAGGUUGGAAGGCAACUUUCGAGGAAAGCAUUCCGAACUGAUCACCAACUGUGAGCAGAUUGCCUUCCUUGGGGGAGAACGACCUGAGAAAGAUGUGCUGAAUGCCUCCUUUGCAGAAUUGAUGAGCCACUGCAAGCGGACGAUCAAUUUGUCCUUCAACUCUGAAGUCCUCAGGCAGUACCUCAACAAGUAUUUCUGUACAGUCAUUGGGUUGAUCCUCAUUGCGAGGCCUUUGCGCCUCAGAUCACCUUCUCUGCCACCCUUCUCAAGCGAUCAAAUUGCACAAUAUUUCACCUCAACCUGGAGGAACAUGGAGGCCAUGGCCACUGCCAUCCAGGACCUGUUCGAGCUCACCAAUCGCAUCGGACGACUCAGCGGUUUUGCCACACGGGUUCGGCAGCUCAUGCUGGGCCUGCAAGUACGUCCACCCGUGCUUUCUGCAGAGAUCGAGGCAGCAAAGCAAGGUCCAAAUCCUCCGGUCUUCCGUCAGGGCCCACAUCUGAAGUUCGAGAACGUUUCGGUAUACCGCCCCGACGGUACCUUGCUGGUGAAAGAUCUCAACUUCACGGUGAACCCUGGGCAGCGGGUACUAGUGACGGGUGGGAACGGAUGUGGAAAGUCAAGUCUCUUCCGGGUCAUCCGCAAGCUUUGGCCGUUGGUGGAGGGAACCAUCACUAUGCCAGAUGAUAAGGAGAUAUACUUCUUGACGCAAGUCAAUUUUGUACCAUGUGGCUCUCUCCGAGACCUAGUCAUUUACCCGCAGUCGAGAGAUGAGAUGCUGGCCGCUGGCUACAGCGACGAUGACGUGCGCACCUGUCUUCGUUGGGCUCACGUAUCGCCGACGGUGAUACACGACGGACGGGCGCAACUGGAAUUCAACGACGGUGGCCACAUUGUCAGGCCCAGCCUUGACGACGUACGAGAUUGGCAGAAGGAUUUGUCGCCUGGCCAGAAGCAACGCUUGGCCUUUGCAAGGUUGUUCUAUCAUCGGCCAUCCUUUGUCGUGUUGGACGAGUGCACGAACGGAAUAUCUCCUGAUGUGGAACAUGACCUGUAUGACCGAUGCACACGACUUAAUCUGGCAGUGUUCUCUAUAUCUCACAAGAUUGAGCUCAAGCUUUUCCACGAGAGGGAGCUGCACUAUCACGGGGACCUCAAGGGCUCCUGGGUCAUGAACGAAUGCUCUCACACACGUGAUAAGAUCACGCGCGCAUCAUCCACCGUCAAGCUUCCUGAGCCAGACAAAACUGGCAAAAAGGAAUCAAGAAUAACUUAUGAGAGGCAUGUAUGGUUUGCUGAAUGA